AUGUCCCCGAGAAGUCUACGUAUCGCGAUUCUAGAUUGCGAUACGCCCGUACCAAAUGUGUACUCAGAGAGAGGACUUUACAGUGACAUCUUCGCAGGUUUACUCCGAAAUGCAGCCAGUACUAGCCCAGAACUCUCUGAGUUGAAACUCGAGUUCAGCAAAUUUGAUUCUGUCCUUGGCCAGUUUCCCUCACUUGAAGAGCUCCUGACUCUGAAUGGCAUGAUUAUCACUGGAUCAGCAGCUUCAGUAUACGACGAUGCACCUUGGAUCACCUCCCUUACAGACUUCUGCAGAAAAAUUUAUACCUCUCACCCUAGGAUCAAGAUCUUUGGCUCCUGCUUUGGCCACCAGCUUCUCUGCCACAUACUCUUCUCACCACUCGAAAAGAACGUUGUCUGCCGGGACCCAAAAGGCUGGGAGCUAGGUGUGCACCCCACUACUCUCUCCUCAGCAUUCAUCUCCAACUUCGGCCCCGUGACAUCGAAUCCUCUUCAUGCAGAUCAAUUGCGCUUGCAAUUCGUCCACGCGGAUCACGUCGACUUGUCUGGGCUGCCCGAGGGCUUCCACUCCAUUGGGAGCUCGCAACACUGUUCUCUGCAGGGGGUCUGGGAGAAGGGAAGGGUGUUGACGUAUCAGGGACAUGCUGAGUUUGAUAGGUUUGUGAAUGGAGAAACUGUAAAGGUGUUUGGAAAGGCAGUUUGGAAUGAGACGUUCAUGGAGCAGUCGUUGAAAGCUGUGGAUGCGCAAGACGACGCUAUUUGGGCUGCACAGGUUAUGUUGAGAUUCUUCUUGGAGGAGAGGGAGGAGAGGGAGGAGAGGGAAGAGAGAAUCUAUAGAGCCUUUCUCCUCUCAGCAGCGAGACUAUUCCAGCAGCCUACUUUCCACAACCUACCUACCUGUUCCCUCAACCAAACAUCGCCCUCCCACUACAGCACCAUGGCUCGCGCCCCCGUAAUCUCAGUCUGCCAUGGCGGCGGCCCCAUGCCCCUCAUGAACGACCCCGACCACUAUGAGCUCAUCAAAUCCAUGACCACCAAAAUCCCCUCCGUCUUGGGUCUCGACACCCCUUCCGCACCACGAGCCAUUGUACUCGUAACCGCGCACUGGAGCGAGCGCAGACCGACCAUCAGCAAUGGAAAGAAGCAUAAGCUGUAUUACGAUUAUGGCGGGUUUCCGCCCGAGACAUAUAAGUUGAAGUACGACGCGCCAGGCAGUCCGGAGGUGGCAGCGCAGGUGUAUGAGCUGCUUGAGAACGCGGGGAUGAGUCCUGAGAUGGAUGGUGAGAGAGGAUGGGAUCACGGAGUAUUCGUCCCCAUGCUGCUCAUCAACCCUAAAGCCGACAUCCCAGUAAUCCAGCUCUCCGUCCUCUCUACCAACUCUCCCGCCCAACACUAUGCCAUGGGUCAAGCGCUAGCGCCCCUCCGCGACUCGGGCGUCGCCAUCAUCGGCUCAGGAAUGCCUACCUUCCACAACCUGCGUCUCAUGUUUUCCGGGGGCACGAAUGAUCCGGGGUUCAAGAAGAGGAAUAAGGAGUGGAGUGACAGACUUACUGCGACUGUGAAAACAGAGGAUGUGGGGGAGAGGGCCAAGGCGCUGGAGGGCUGGAGGGAGUGGGUUGGUGCUAAAGAGGCACAUCCUAUUGGUGGGGAAGAGCACUUUUUACCAUUGAUUGUGUGUGCGGGUGCUGGGGGUCAAGGGAAGGCGGAGGCAUUUGGGGAUGCUAUGAUGGGGACGAAACAGUUUUCAUACUAUUGGACAUAA